AUGGUUGGAUCAACUAAUGAAAGCGAAGUUGAAAUAGAAGGUAUAAAGACAAUGGGACUAAUUGAUACAGGAUCAAUGAUCACAACAAUAUCAGUAGAAUUUUUCAAAGAUAUGGAUCCAAAACCAGAAUUACUUCCAUUAGAAGACUUUAAUCUAGAAGUUUCAAGUGCAAAUGGAGAGAAGCUUCCUUUCCUAGGUUAUGUAGAAGUUGACCUAAAAGUCUCCGUUUUAUGUGAUAGAUGUUUCACCAUACCAGCACUUAUUGUUCCAAGAACUGAUUAUAAUUCGAAUGUACCUGUCAUCGUUGGAACAAACAUUAUACGUCAACUUCAAGCAGAAAUGGAUGAUGCCACUACAGAAAUUCCGGAAGUAUGGAAUAUGGCUUUUAAAGCGACUUGUUCUUCUUCGGUUGGAAUUGUCAAAUCAACGCAACGUUUUACUCUACAACCUAUGGAAACAAAACAAAUUACUGGUUUUGAAAGAAAAAUGAAGGACUGUGAAUCCGUUGUAACAGAACCAUCUGAAAAAGGAUACUCAAGUAGAUUUACAGUUUGUCCUAGAGUGGUUAAACUAGACGAUCCCGGAAAUACAGCACGAGUACCUGUAAGAGUUUUUAACAUGUCAGCAAAAGCUGUAGAGAUUCCUGAAAAAAGCAAAUUUAUGUGA